AUGGCCCCCAACGCGAACAUCCCCAUCAUCGACAUCGCCGCGCCUGGCGUCGACAGGACCGCCAUCGCGCGGCAGCUUGUCGAUGCCGCGGUCGAGCACGGCUUCAUUUACAUCCGCAAUACCGGCAAGUACAUCAACCUCAGCGACAUCGAUGCUGCCUUUGACUUGUCGAAGAAGCUCUUCAAGGCUCCUGUAGAGGAAAAGGCUGCCUGCACCAUUCAGCAAAACAACCGUGGCUGGUCUGGUAUGCACUCUGAGACCUUGGACCCUAAGAACCAAAGGGCAACCCAGCAACCCCUGCCCCCAACAAUCCAGCCCGAUGAGCCCUUCUUGAACUCCUUCAGAGACCAGUGCCACGCCCUCUGCCUUGAGCUCCUCAACCUCCUCGGCAUCGGCCUCGAAGUCGACCCGCCAACCUUCUUCUCCGCCGCCCACCUCCGCGAAAAGGGCGACUCGGGCACCAUCCUCCGCAUGCUCUACUACCCUCCCUCCUCCGCCACCUCCUCCUCCCCGGAUGACGUCCGCGCCGGUGCCCACUCGGACUACGGCUCCCUGACCCUGCUCUUCCGCCUGCGCGGCCAGGCCGGCCUCGAGAUCCUGACCCGCGAGAACACCUGGGCCCCCGUGCCCGUGACGCCGCCUGGGACCGAGGCCGACGCGCUCCCGCCCAUCCUGAUCAAUAUCGGCGACCUGCUGUCGUACUGGACCAACGGCAUGUUCCGGAGCACGGUACACAGGGUCGUGUUCGGUGGCGAGGGCGCACCCGGCGAGACGGAUACGGGGCCGAGGUACUCGAUGGCCUUCUUCUGCCACCCCGUCGGAUCCGUCACCCUGGACCCGGUGCCGAGCGAGAGGGUGAAGCAGUUCGUCGCGCCGGAGGGCACGCCGCACGCGAACCCGUACGCGGAGAGGAAGGUCAUGACUGCUGAUGAGCACCUUUUCAUGAGGCUGAGGGAGAGCUACAAGGGCCUGUAUAAAGAUGAGGAGACGACAAAAGCAUAG